GAUUUUUUUUUAAAUGUAUACAAUUAUUAUUAUUACUAUUAUUAUAAAAAUGUAUUGUGAUUGAAUGAGGGCAUUGUGUAUAAAAUGAACAAAACGAACAAUUAUAAAUACAGUAGAAAAAAGAGUACUUUGAAAACGAAUAGACAGAAUAACUCAAUAAAACGAGGAAAAAGGAAUGCGCGCAGACCAUUAAUAAAACCACAUGAAACCGAAGAAGAAGCUAUAAUUCGAAGAUUUCACGAUGCGCAAAGAAUGGCAAGAUUUCGAGCUAGAAAGAAGAAAGCUCUGGAGGAAGUGAGGGUAUUUAAAACAGAAUUAAACAGAAAAGAUAUUACAUUCAAAACUAUUGACUCCGUUGUCUCUGUGCCAGCAAUGGAACAAUUUCAAACAUAUUUCCCUAUACAAAACCCAUCAAUUGUAUAUUCAGCUUGUAAACAAAGUAAAUACUCCCAAUUAUUGAAAGUCAUUAAAGAACUAGGAAGAGAUGUUAAAUUAACGUACGCUGGUAGUAAAAUUUCAAUAGAGAGAUUAAAAUUAGGUAUUAUAAAAGCUAGGAUGCUGAUAAAGGAAUGCUUAAUGGAGAUAGAAAUUAAUUUACAACAGUAACUAGCAACAUAUAAAUAAACGUAACUUGCUAUGAUCAUAAAUAAAUAAACUAUCCUAUUAAAAUUUUAUUUAAGUUUUGUAUAGAAAUCAAUGUUAUAAUAUUAUUGAUUGGAGAAUUGUAGUAGUUGUGAAUGUUAUGUUUAUAGAUUUUUCUUCUAUUAAUAAAUUAUAAAAGAGAAAGAAUUAAAUACUGCUGAGUAGAACACAAGUGCUAUGCAAUACAUGAUCAUUAACAAUAAAAAA